AUGAGCUCCCCAGAAGACACCCCAGCGCCCCCUUCCAUGUCGUCCUUACCCACUACGCCCUCUGACGGCGAUGCCUUCUCCCCCUCCGCCGUCGAGAUCCCCCUCUCCUCCGCCUCCACCAUCCCCUCCACAACCGAGCCAGCCAUCCAACCAGGCAUGGACACCGCCAACCUCCACAACCUCGACGGCGUAAGCACUCGGCCCGCUCCUCAGAAAGACAGCGUCGCGCUGCCUGCAAGGCCGAUGCUGCGGAGAGACAAGUCUGUCCCUUUUACCGGAACCGGUCAGCCGAAGCAGUUUCCGCCUGCAGCUGCGCCGCCGGGGCCGUCGAGUACCCAGCAAAUUGGCCCUGCGUCAGGUAUGGAGAGGGGUGGGCCUUCUGGCGCACUACUAUCAGGAGCAGGAAGCUUGAGAGGCGAGCCGGGGAGUAUAGGGCAGGGAAACAUGGGACCGGGAAACCCAGAAGACUCGCUCAGCCUGAUGCAGCUGCGCAAGCUCGUCACAGAGUUCCCGCGGAUCGAGCCGACGCCGUACGCGUUCGAGUACGCGGACGCGCAGGGCUUACCGGAGGAGGUGGAGGAGUGGUUUGGGUAUGGGGUCGAGGAGGGGGCGAUGUUGCUGAAGGCGCAGGGGUCGUGGGGGGACGUGUGGGGAGACGUAUGGGGGGAGCGAGGGCAGGGCGAGGAGUGGGUUGAGGUGGAUGAGGGGAAGAGGAGGGAGUUUGUGGAGGUGCUGGUGGAGGGGACAGGCAGGGAGGAGGAUGCCGCGGAGAGGCUGAGGUGUUUGGAGGCGCUUGUGUAUCUGGCGUUGGGGGCGUGGGGUGAGACUGCUGGGCUUGAGGAUCCAGCGGCUCAAGAAUCGUCGACAGCGGGUGCGGAGGCGCGGACCGACGAGACGGCGGAUGCGGACUCGACGUAUGCGAAAUCGGCGGUGCAGAUCGAGUGGGUGAAGAGGAAUGUUCAGAUGGUAUGUGACUGCAAUGGCAUACGACCGAUUUAUGAUCUCAUGCGGGCGGCAUUGGCGAGAGCAUGUCUUACAGAUAACACAGUACAGAGCGCGUCUGCUGAGGGAGCGGAAGCCGAGCGGCGCGAAAUGUGGUGUGCUCUCACUCUGAUGUAUGCCAUACUCGAAGUUGCAAGGACAAACGGAGACGAGUCAGAUAUUGCGAUAUCGAAGCAGAUUACAACGCUUGAACCAAAUCUUUUGAUCACGUUGACUGAGCUUGUUGCGCGGUUACGCUGGGAUGAAUCACUGGGGCUUCCUCUGAAUAAACUCGUCCUUCUCACAUGGAAGGCUACCCUGGUAUCUUUCGGUGGUAUACCCGAGGUCGACAAGGCCAAAGCCUCCUUUGUAGACGAGACGCUGGAGACAGCCGACAAGCGUGGCCAGCCACUUAUAACAGCUUCACCUUUGGACUACCAUGUUUUCCGUCAAGAGAUCAGCUCCAAGUACCCGGCAUACAACCCACCACCGCCACUCUUUCCCCUGGAACCCGAAAGCAAUUCCAUUCUGCCACCGCUCAAGAAUCAUUCACGGAAGACGUCCCAGUCAAGCACCUUCAGCGCCGGCCUGGCCAACCUCAACGGCAGUGGCGUCUCCAUCCUCCACCAACCCGUCCACAUCGCCACGCCCGCACCCUCUCCCCCGCCCUCGCCUGCCGGGCCAGGCGGCAAAGGCGGCAAGAAGCAAAACUACCAGACUAACCAGCUCUUCCCCUUUCUCUACCCCCCGCUCGACGCGUCGAGCAACAAUCUCGGCGGCAAAGGCACCACAGACCUGCAGGACGUGCUUGUGGGGCGGAAGUGGGAGGGCGCGGAUAUCCCGGCGAGUAUCCUGGAGGCGGCGGAGCUGUUUGCGAAGAGGAUGCGUGCGACAAGGGCGAUGAAGCAGCUCUGGGAAGAGAGGGUCCAAUUCAUGCGGUAUGAGCGUGGUUGGACGGGGCCGGGGAAUGAUGGGGAUGUGGAUGCGUUUGAGCUCGAGGAAAGGCCGGUUAGUCCGAAGGGGACCGAGGGAACAAGUCAAGAGCCGGCGUUUAGUGCGGAUCCGGACGUUGAUGCACGGUUGAGGGCAGUUGAGCUAUUCUACAAGAAGUCUCUUCCUCACCUCCAGUCUGUUGUCAUCGUAUUGAUGCGGAUCAUCUUGGCGCAUGUCACGCGGCUGUUCACGGAGAAUGGACAGAACGGGCUUCAGAGCAACUUUCAGUUCCAGGAGAACCUCAAUGGUAACGGUGCCGGCAACCCUGAAAUGAACGGAAACGGCAGGUCUCCGAUAGACUCUGACACCGCAACGGCAAAAGUGGACGCCGUGCGGCAGGAAGAGAUCAUGAUGAAAGCCGUCACUGGCAUCAUGGUUUUGCUGCUCAAAUGGUUCAAGGUGAAUCACAUACUCAAAUUCGAAUACCUGACGCAACUGCUCGUCGACUCGAACUACAUCCCCCUCAUCCUCAAGCUUCUGCAGACACAAGAACUCGAGAAGGCCAUCAACUACCGCUGUGACCGCGAAGAUCUCAACUUCUUCAACUUCUGCCUCUCCCACUCCCGCCAUGGCACCCCCUCUCAACCCCCCUCUUCCCCCUCCUCCGCCUCCUCAUCCUCCUCCGACGAAGCCGCCCCCCCACCAAUCAUAAAACGCCACCGCUCCCCGCCGCGCUCCACCUCCCCCACCUCCCCCCGCCGCACGACCUCGACUUCCUCCGCGCCCCCCGAAGUCGACGAGCUCGGCUUCCCCAUCACCGAGCUCCCGCAAGCGCCCAUAACGACCUACAGCUGGCGCUCCUUCUUCACGUCAAUCAACACCCUCCGCAUCCUGCAGAAGAUCUGCAAGCGCAAAGCGCAUCGUAAUUUACUGUUGGUUCAGUACAAGAGUAGUAUUUAUCUGAAGAAAUGCCUGAGGAUUCCGCAACCAACACUCCGCCUCUACGCCCUCAAGCUGUUCAAGAACCAGGUCCCGUACUGCGGACGGAAGUGGCGGCAGGGGAAUAUGCGCGUCAUCACGGCUGUGUAUCUGCAUGUAAGGCCUGAACUAAGGGAGGAGUGGUUGACGGGCGGGGAUGUGGAUGGUGAGGUUGAUGAGAGUUUGGGGGUUGAACAGGCGGGGAGGGCGCUGGUGCACUGGGGACAUCUGAGACGGUAUCCGCAGCAGGUGGGCGCGGGGAGGGGGCUUGUUGGGGGGGAGGAUGACUUUUUUAGGAGGGAGUUGGAGAGGAUGGGGGAGAGGGUCGCGGCGGAGGGGUUUGUGGAGAUGAGGGAGGAGGAGGAGCAGGAGGGACAAGUGCAGUUGGAGGGGUGGUGA